GGUACCGUUUAACAUCGCGACUCCUCUAAUACAUAGUCGACGUCUCCCCGUCUCUGUUCGGGCCCGUGGCUGUGUUAUCAGCCCUGCGUUUCGGGUGUUGUGGUCGUGUAUGUCGCGGGCUACAGGACCGAUGGUAUCACUGAUAUGUUCAGGAGUACCCGAUGUGAUGGCUCGGUGGACUGCGCAGAUAGUGUGGUACUCGGCUAAUUCGUCUGCCCGCAGCCAGCCGAGCUGCUGUAUGACGUCAGAGAUGUGGUCGCUGCGUCUACGGCCACUGACGACUCUGGCACAGAAAUUGAGAAUUUUCUGGACACGAGCCAUCUGGGUCACACCGCACGACCCAUACACGCUUAUACAAUACCGCACGAUCGAUAUGACUAGGGCUUGAACAACUACCUUACGUGUGUUUGCUGGCAUCACGUGGCGGGCAUGACUGAGAGCGAUUAAAAUUCCUGUGCAUUUUGAUGCCAUGGCGGUGAUGUGAGCUUGAUAGUUCAGAUGGCGGUCGAGAUAAAGUCCGAGGUUCUUCACCGUCCCUGCAUCGACUACAGUUGGUGCCGGUCGUAUAGUAUGUUAUGAGUGGUUAUCAGCACAUCAUGCCAAAGAAGCCGUGAAGAGAAACUCCUGAUACCAGCACUUCAAGCUGCAAACUUGUCUCAUUUGCCAAUGGUGCCAGCUUUACAAGAGCCACUUUUGUUACUUGGAAGAUUAUAAAAGGACAUUUUUCAUAUCUACUAUCUACAACACAGUGCAAUGCCACCAGUGAAAAUACUUGUGUGUGGCAACAUCGAUGGCAAAUUCAAUCAAGUUUUCAACCGUGUUGCGACGGUUAACAAAAAGAAUGGCCCAUUUGAAUUCCUGCUCUGCUGCGGCAACUUCUUCGGCAGCGGGGACAACAGCGAGUGGGCCGCAUACCGGGAGGGCAGCCGGCGCGUGCCGCUGCAGACGUACGUGCUCGGCUCGGCCGGCCGGCUGCCGCGCCACCUCCACCCGGACGCCGACGACGACGAGCUGUGUCCGAACGUGGUGGCGCUGGGCGAGCGGGGUGUGUUCACCUCCACCGGCGGCGUCAGCGUGGCCUACCUGGCGCCGGCCGACGGCCAGCACCCCAGCGCCGCCGACGUGCGCGCGCUGGAGCAGGCGCUGCUGGCCUCCAGCGCCGCCGGUGUGGACGUGCUGCUGACACCGGGCUGGCCGCGCGGUGUGACGCGCCGCGCCGCCGUGCCGGCCGGCGUCUACACCGAGGAGACGGGCUCGCUGCUGACGGCGCGCCUGCUCUACUGUCUGCGGCCGCGCUACGUGUUCAGCGGCGGCCUGGCCAUGCACUACGAGCGGCUGCCCUACCGCAACCACCAGGUGCUACGCGACCAGCAGACACACGUCACGCGCUUCAUCUCGCUAGCAGCAGCCUUCAACGCCGAGAAGGCUAAGUGGCUGUACGCAUUCGGCCUGGAGCCCAUGUCGCGGAUGGCGCGUGCCGAUCUGGUGACACAGCCGCCCGAUGUCACCGAAUGUCCGUUCUCGGCUGAGGAGAUGGCCUCAGCCGCGGCCGGCGCAGACGACGCGGCCAAACAGUACUUCUACGCGACGGACGGACGCGGCGAGCCGGCGGCCAAACGACGUCGGCAGCAGCCGCGCGCCGACCGGCCGCCGCCGACCCCCUGCUGGUUCUGCCUGGCGUCCCCCGAGGUGGAGAAACACCUAGUGGUGAACGUGGGCGACAAGUGCUACUUGGCGCUGGCCAAGGGCGGCCUGGUGUCCGACCACGUGCUGAUCCUGCCCGUGGAGCACGUGCGCGCCUCCACAGAGGCCGACGACGAGCUCUGGGCGGAGAUCGGCGCCUACAAGCAGCGCCUGCAGCAGCUGUUUGCCGCCGAGGACAAGGCGGUCGUGUUCUUCGAGCGCAACUACAAGCAGUCGCACCUGCAGGUGCAGUGCGUGCCGGUGCCGUCGCGGGUGGCGCCGGCGCUGAAGGAGGCCAUCCAGGACCACUGUGACAGCGAGGGUGUCUCGCUGGACGAGGUGCCGCCGCUCUCGGACGUGCGGCAGCUGGCGCCGCCCGGCGCGCCCUACCUCUACGUCGAGCUGCCCGGCGGCGUCAAGCUGUACCACAAGGUGGCCGGUAAGCUUCCGUUGAGCAUCGGCCGCUCGAUGUUGGCCUGCCCGCCGCUGCUCAACAUGCCCGACAGAGUCGAGUGGAGUCAGUGCGUGCUACCCAACGACGAGCAGACGGCAAACGCCAAGGAGUUCAAAACAAAGUUCAAAAAGUUUAAGUGAUAAGACGUGAAUGAACGUCAACUUUAUGUCUCACGCAUUGGUUUAUACUGAAAACACAUCAUAUGGUCAAAUAUAUCAUCAAUUUCGUA